AUGAUGAUGGUUGGCGACAAUGGCAGCGUGAUUUCAGAACGAGCUUUCGGCUUCUUGCAUCAAGGUGAAAGUGCCAUUCGACCGGAUUUCUGCCAGUUCGCUCCGCCAGGUCUUCCGCCCUUCUAUUGAUUCGACGUCAAUUAAUUCACUGUUUCAUUCAGUAGUUUCGCCGAAGCAUUGAGGACAUGAAACGACAAAUCUUGGAGUCUUCUACAUGUUUCAUUGACCACACUAACUGUUUUGACGGAAAAAAAGAAUAAAAUCAGUCAACUCCGGAAUCAAAAAUUAGUAAAAAAGGUCGAUGCAAGCUAAACUGCUUCAUCAUUAAAAUUUUGAGCCGUUUUUUUAAAAUCAAAAGUUAGGAUCUGCAGAGAACCUUGACGCAACAGGUUCAAAAUCUGAAAAUGACAUUUUUCCACUGGAUUCCGAAGCGUGUAUGCUAUUUUUCUCAUUAAAAUUCCGAUUCGGUAUAAUGUCCGAUUGCUCACAAAUGCUAUAAAAAUAUCAAAACGCUAUUUCCUGAGAUCUAGCUUUUUAUUGAACUUUAGCAUACCCCGAUUGGAUUAACGAGUGUACAUUUUUUGCUAGUACAAACUAGACUACGCUCGUUUAUAUGGUUAAGGUUGGUUUAGGGUUUCUAAAACUUAUCUUCUUCUGAAGAUUGGACUUUUUGAUCCGAAAAUGAGGUGUCCAGUAGAGCGCAACUGCAAUCCAUGUCUCGAAACGUCGUGGUACAGCUCCGUUCGUGUUACAGUAUCCCUUAAAGGCGCGCUGCCGAUUUUUCUUUUAUUUUUAUUUUUUCUAUUGUGAAUAUUUUAAUUAAAUCAAAUUUUUAUUGGAUUUUUACGGAAAUAAGCGAUUUUAUCAAUGAUAACGAUUUUUUUAACUAUACUUGAUUUUUGAAGUUUUUUUGAAAUCUAUUUUUCUACUUUUUCUCUUUUUUUAAAAAUUUUUCUCGUUUUACCGUCUGCAAAUAGUUUUUUAUCACGUGAAACGAUUGUAUUGAAGUUUCGGGAGGUUUUAGCUCAGGAAUCGCUACGAAAUCGGUGUCAUACAUUAUGCUCACGCUUGUUUUUCGUUUUCAGGUAAUAUGGUCAACGUUCCGAAGUCCAGAAAAACCUUUUGCGACGGCAAAUGCCGUAAGCACACCAACCACAAGGUGACCCAAUACAAAAAGGGAAAGGAAUCGAAGUUCGCUCAAGGUACUUUUUAUUUAUUUAUUUGUUAAUUGAUUCUUUUUUUAUCUAACUUUUUUUGGAUAUUUCUUCUUUAGUUUUUUUAUCAUGUAGCCUUCAAAGUUAUGUUGAGAAAUUUGAGGAUUGCGCGGCGAAUCAGGCUGUAGAAUUUUUUUAAUGGUUCCUUAGCCGCCCCAAAAAAAAAAUUGAAUUUUAUUUGACGUGAGCGCCAAAAUUUGAAGAAAUUCGAAAGCGGAGAGCAAUUUUAAAUUAAUAAUUUUUUGCAUAUAAGAUCUUGUAAAAAAUUUUUUAGCCCUGGCAGGAAAAAAAGGUUAAAAAAAUUUCAACAUUAUACAGAAUAUUUAAAACAUUAUCAACAGUUUCAUUAAAUUUCUUCGGAAAGCACAAUCCUGGAAAUGUUUAAAUGAUUUUUUUUUGUCACUUCAAAGUUUUUUUUUUUGAGUCUUGGACGUUGUCCACUAUUAAUUCACCUCGUUUUUGCAAAACCUUGUACCGUUCGCAAAGUAAUUUUCGCAUACAUUGUUUAGCAAAAAUUUGCGAAAUAUGUAAAGGUGUUCAUCGGGUAAAAAGAUAAUUGCUUCAAAACAAAAAUUAGUACUGUUUUGAAGCAACAUUUGGCGCGCCGAUGAUCACGAUUUUUUGUUUUGAAGCAUGUUCCGUUUCUCCGAUGAACACGCCAUUAAUUAAAAAAAGUCCGGUUUUAUAAAUUUUAAAAUUAUUUGGUUUAUUUGACGAGAAGUUCAAUAUCAUGCGUAAAAAGUAACUGUAAAGAGUUAUAUAAAGCUAUAUAUAUAUAUAGUUUUAAUAUUUAUGUUUAACGGCUUCCGUAUUUAUAAUUUUGUCAGUUUUUUUGAGAAUCUCAUUCGCCAAACGUGCGCUUUCAUCUAGAAAAAGAGCUAACGAACACGUUUGGAACGUUUUUGGUUUAAAAAAUUCCAUAUUUCACUCAUAACUUGGCAAAAAAAGUUAGCAGCAAAAGGAUUCGAACCUUCGUUAUGGGCAACGCGACCUGAAUGAUUUUGAACGAGUUGAGUGGCAAUUUGGAAAUCCGUUCGAAUAAAUAAAGAUUAUUUUUUAAUUUUUUUCAUUUCAGGAAGACGGCGUUACGAUCGCAAACAGUCCGGCUUCGGAGGUCAAACCAAGCCCAUCUUCAGAAAGAAGGCCAAGACCACCAAGAAAAUCGUGCUCAGAAUGGAAUGCACUGACUGCAAGCACAAGAAGCAGUUGGCCCUUAAGCGGUGAGCCGUUUUUUUUUCUCGAAAUAGAAACAGUUCAAGUAAUAGUUUAACACAUUGGUUUUAAAUCCCUUUUUUUGGCAUUUUCCGAAAGAUAAAGUACAGUUAUAAAUUCUUGUAGUUUAUUGAGACUAACUCUUAGUUGGAGCGCCUGAAGGCACGCCCGAAUGUCUCUCUGCCGCAUGCUAUUUCGUCGUUUUCUCGCAGUCAGAGAGUGAACAACUAACAUGCGGCAGAGAAAAAUACGGGCGCGCUUCGAGGCGCUCCAGAUUAGAGAAUAAAACCUACUCGAAAAAAAUAUAUGAAAACUAUUGUUUCUCAUUAGCGAAAAGUUAGAGUAGUUCCGGCGAUUCCAAAAUUGGCGCUUUGUUUGUUUUGAAUUAUUUCGGGAAAUAGACGAAUUCAGGAAUUCCGGGAGCCUUCAGAAAAAACGGGUCCUACAACGAUAUAUUGCAAAAUAUCUAUACGUUCGAGUUUUACGCACGAUGUCGAAAAGACUCGAAUAGUUUUGAAAUUGGAACUUUGUGCGGAAAAGACGUCUUGAAAAUUUAUCCAUAUUAAUGUAGGACCAAAUUUUUUGAGCGCUUCCAGGAGCCCAGUUUCUUCUUUUUCGCUAAAUCAUUUUAAACGAGUACCACGUCAAUUUUGAAAUCCCGUAUUGCUUUGAACAAAGCCUGAUCAGUGAUGCCAAUAUAUACGAAAACAAAAAAAAUUUUUUUCUAAAAAGUAAAAAAAUAAAAAAAGCCUGAAAAGCCAAAAACAAUUGAAAUAAAGUUUCUAUUUUUUUGUUUCGGUUUGACGUAAAAAAAUUUUUCCCUUUUUUUCCAGAUUUCCAUUGUUGCGUUCUCUUCAACAUUUUUUUAAAGAAAAAAAUAAGAUAAUAUUCCACUCUUGCGGCAAUUUUAGAAAUAACAGCUUUAUUAGAAAUUUUUAUUUUACCAUUUUCCUUACAGAUGCAAGCACUUCGAGCUUGGUGGACAGAAGAAGGCGAGAGGACAGGUCAUUCAGUUCUAA